AUGACAGACUUGUCUAUACAGGCAUUUUACGAGAGGGAGGUUGCUACUCUCUCCUCUACAGAACCCCCGAGCAUAAGACAGCCACAGGAUAAUGGCUUCACCCAAGCUGAGAUUGAGGCUAGGACUAAUCCACUUGGCCGUUCUUGGGCACCGUCAGUAGAGUAUCAGGAACUUGAUAUUGCCCACAUCCAGCCAGGGCCGGCGCUUAUUCGCUUCACGGGUCGAAUCAUUAACUAUGCUCCAUCUUUUCUGGACUCAAAGAACAUAUACAGUCGACCGGCACAUUUGUUAAUUGUCAAGGAUGACACGGGCGCCGUUGCGGUUAAGCUCAUGCCUAUAGGAAUUCCGGCUUCUUGUAUUCUCAUAGGCCAGCUCGUUACCGUAUGGGCCAGCUGGGCAGGAACUGAAGCGACCUCGAAUCAAGGGAGCAUCCCAUUUGUGAUGAUGCAUACGCCUAUUAACCCAGCAGACGUUGGCACAAAACAGUUCAUCCAGUUUGUCUCUGAAACUCCCGCAACCCAGAGUCUAUGCCGGACCCCCAUGGAGUGUGAGCCUAAUAAGCUAAACUCAAGCCCUCUUCCAGGUCUAAUGACCCUAGGCCAGUACCUCAAAACAGGCCACGAUACUUGCGGAGCCCGAAUCCUUGUCUCUAUCAAGAGCAUCGGUGCCCGAAAACACAUCUUGACACAUGACCGUACGAGGGAAACAGAGCUUCUUGAAGUGAACGAAGACAAAGCAAAUUCGGCCAAACUGUGGAGUCCCAAUGAAACUGUCCUCCUCCUCACGAACCCAAAGUUUGUUGCACCAAGAGAAAAUAGAUCAACACAGUCGCCCGCCGGCAUCGGCCUCAAUUAUAACACCCUCAUCGACGUUGAUCCCAACUUCCCCGACAGUCAUUGGCUUCGGCAGUGGGCAAAAACCAGGGCAAGGAAAGAGAGAAUACACUUUCCCUUUCCUGAAGACGUCUGGAAUGUGGAUGAAGCCAUACACGGGCACACAAGAGCGCUAUUUACUCUUGCAGAAGUAGACGACUUCGCUCGCACAGACCCAGCAACGGAAUUCACUGGCAAGUUGAAUUUGACGGUUCUUGGAGUGAGCCUGCUUGACCUCCACCGGAGGAGGAUGCUCUGCUGUACUGAAUGUUGCGGAGUACCCCUAUAUUCGAAUCAACCGUCUGCGGUAUGUCAGAAAUGCAUGAAAGUAAAGCCGUUGGCUCCCAACCCCCGAAUCAUGGGCAUCCUGGCGGACGAGACAGGAUGCAUCGGGCAAGGAAAGCUAGUUUGGGGUGAGCAGGCUUGGGGAGAUCUCUUCUUCUUCACCACCGUAGACAGAGCGGUACCAAUUUCUGGGCUAAAAGAAGUAGAAGAUCAAGCUACACAUUCCAAUACCUCUGUAUUGCCUUCAUGGGCGGCGAUAUUGUCCAUGGGAGCGGAUGGACUGCGAACCUUGGAAGAGCAGAUGUUAUACUCUCGUCUUACCUUGACCUUCGGCUAG